CUCUAUAUUAGCUAGAUGUCAAAAAUGCCUUUAUGCAUGGUGAUUUGGUUGAGGAAGUCUACAUGGAGCAACCUCCUGGGUUUGUUGCUCAGGGAGAGUCUGGGAGAGUGUGUAAAUUGAAGAAGUCUCUAUAUGGCCUGAAGCAAUCUCCACGAGCUUGGUUUGGGAGGUUUAGUAGUGUGAUUAUUGGGUUUGGUAUGCAGAGGAGUAUGUGUGAUCAUACUGUCUUUUUCAAGCAUACUAAUGAUGGGUGCAUUCUCUUGGUUGUUUAUGUUGAUGAUAUAAUAAUCACAGGUAGUGAUGCAGCAGGGAUUGAAGCUCUUAAAUCUUUCCUCAAAGAAAAGUUUCACACGAAAGAUUUGGAAGUGUUGAAGUAUUUUCUAGGGAUUGAAGUUGCUCACUCUCGGAAAGGAAUAUUUCUUUCUCAAAGGAAAUAUGUGCUAGAUUUGCUUGAUGAUACUGGGAUGUUGGGAUCAAAACCAUGCGAGACCCCUAUGGAACAGGGUGUUAGACUUGUGGCUGGUGAAGGGGAGGCCUUUGACUCUCCAGAGAGAUAUAGGAAGUUGGUGGGAAAGUUGAACUAUCUCACCAUUACGCGUCCGGAUAUUGCUUUUCCAGUUAGUGUGGUAAGUCAGUUCAUGCAAGCACCUAUGCGAACUCAUUGGGAGGGAGCAGUUGGAAUUGUAAAGUAUCUCAAGAAUGCGCCCGGUAAAGGCAUUCUAUAUGCUGAUCAUGGACAUAUGAGAGUUGAGGCAUUUUCAGAUGCUGAUUGGGCAGGUUCAUUGAGCGACAGGAGGUCUACAACAGGGUAUUGUGUGUUCAUAGGAGGUAAUUUGGUUUCUUGGAAAAGUAAGAAACAAACUGUUGUGGCUCGGUCCAGUGCAGAAUCUGAGUAUAGGGCGAUGGCUCAUGUGACGUGUGAGAUAACUUGGGUACACAAUGUAUUGAAGGAGGUUGGUGUGGAAGUGAUGAAACCCAUACGUUUAUGGUGUGAUAAUCAAGCAGCUAUACACAUUUCAAAUAAUCCAGUGUUCCAUGAACGUACCAAGCAUAUUGAGGUAGAUUGUCAUUUUGUGCGUGAAAAAGUUUAACAAGCC